GUUACAUUCUAGUGUGUAGGAGGGGUACUUGAUUUGACCUACGAUGCCAGAACAUUGAUUCCGACAUAGAUACCCAUAAUGUAAUCUUUUUGGAUUCCUUUAGGCAAUCAGUGUUAGUGGAAAUCAGUGGAAUUUUAUAUUUCUUACAUCGAGGACGUAAAAAGAACAAAUGGAAUUUUCUUAGAGGAUUUCUGGUUUUGUACAUCAAAAUCAUAAUUGUUGUUGAUGCAUAGAAUGUGUUCCUUACUUUCAUUUUUGGAUUAAUGAAGCUUGGAUAUAAUGAACUGAAGAUGGAGGUAUUGGAACCAAUUCUAGUCAACUGUAAUCAUCAUUCUGUAGUACAGUAGUUAUAAGAGUGAAAAUGUCUGGCUCUGAAGUGAAGGACACACCUCCAGCAGGUUCUACCCGCACCCUCAGGUCUGCGUUACUUCGCAAACAGCCAGAAAUAGAGGAAGUUGACGAGGAAGAUACCAGUCCAGAUUCAGACCAAUCAAGUACCACCAUUACUGCAGGGACAGACACACAGCAGGUGAGCGGAGAGAGUGCAGAGUCCGUCUCACCAGAAGAUGAUCUCAAACCUUCACCCCCAUCUCAUAAACAUAAUCAUAUAUCACCAAAAUUGAAACAGUUAACACGUAGUGAGGCACUGUGUGAAGAAUGUGCAAGCCCACCGUUAGAUCCCCUGAAAAGUACGGCAAGUACGUGUAGUUCAGACAGCAGCUCGAGUGGCAUCGGAACUAAAUCCUCAUUUACCUCUGGUUCAAUAUCUGGCAGUUCUUUCCAUGGUCGACUAGAGAAGGACGGAUCUCAGAGUUCAGAGGCAGGGACAUCGUCCAGUCUCUCCAGAGAUUCGAGUGUAGACACACCAUACAAAGACUCUACAGGGAUUGACCUGGAGGACUUUAUCAAGAAGACACUCAAUAAAACACCAAAAGAUAGAAGCAUGUUGAUCAAACUCGAGGUGGAUCUCAUAAAGUUUAUACGAGAACCAAAACAUCAUUAUCUUAAAUUUCCACAAAUGUCGUCAUAUGAUAGAAUGUUAGUCCAUAGAAUAGCCGCAUUCUUUGGGCUUGACCACAAUGUUGACCAGACCGGCAAAUGUGUGAUAGUGAACAAAACAGCUAAUACUAGAAUACCAGACUUUACUUUCCAAGAGCAUAUUAGCAAUGGGGAUGAGUCUAAACCUAAGAAGUUGCUGCAGAGAGGUGGUGGUAGCUAUGAUGAACUUUCGACUCGCAGCCUACAGAAACCUAGUCUUGAUGCUACUCGUGCAAAAUCACUGGAAGAACGACAGCAAGAGUACGAAGAAGUGAGAAGUCGAAUCUUUACUGGACAUGAACAAGCCGAUGCGCAGCCGACUGGGUACUGUCAGGAGGACCCUAAAAUAACUGGGAUUGUGAAGAAAAUAGAACGCCCAAUAAGCCUUGGAAGUAAAGAUGAGAACCCCUGGAGCAGUACAGAGUCUAGUGGUUAUGGGAGUAUAGGAAGUGGUGAAAAAGUUGCACGUAUUCUUGUGCCAAAAGCAAACAGUUUCGGCGGGACAGGGACCUUUGUUCUACAUUCAAAGUCACCUAUGAGAGGCAGCAGUCUUUCCAAAGCUGAUGAUAACUCGGCUGACGAAGACUCUCUGAGCAUGGGAGCGAGUAUGAUCCAACCAAAUUAUGGUUCAUUCAUCAGACCAUAUAUGAUGUCAUCACCCACUUGUAGCCAAUCAGAAGCCUCCUCUCUAACAGGGAGCUCCUCUGGGCUUGCACCAUCACCCCAGCAGCAGCAGCAGCAGCAGGGUAACACAGGUCAGAAAGUAUACUGGGUGGCAUCUGAUCUCAAUUCUAUACCUGCAGGCAGUGUAGUGAUCAAUCCACAGACAGGUAUGCCUUUUGUGAACCCCGAUGGUUCAGCAUACAAGUACAUGCCAGGACAGCCCCUCCCCCAGCCUGUACAACACUACCCCCAGGGUGCCCAGCCACAGGUGUAUCAGGUACAACAACAACAACAAGACUGGACAACUCAAAUCAGUCAGGAGUCUCAGUCGUCACAAGACGUAUGUCAACAGCUGUCGGUUAUGCGUCUCACACCGCAGUCAUCUGUCGACAGCACUGGAGCAGGUGGGGAUAAUAGUGCAUCUGCUGCCUCACAACAACAACAACAACAACAGCAGCCUCAGAUGAUAAUUAAUCAAAAUGUACAGCCUGGACAACAGGUGUUUACUCCACAACAGAUGUCUGGUGGUCAAUCACAGGGUAUGUUUUAUCCUGCAACAGCUGGUCAACAUCCUGUUAGAUAUAUGUGUUCAUAUGGUAUGCCCAGUUCUGGGGUUCAAAGUCAGCAAGGGUUCACGCCCAUGCAGGGCAUGCAGGUAGAAGGAAAUAAUCAGGGGCAACAGUACCCUGCCCACCAAUAUUGUCAACAGUAUAUACAGGGUUUCCAAGGUAAUCAAAUGUAUCCAAUGACCUCUCAAGGUCAGACUAUAGGUCAAGGUCAAAGUGAUGUGAAUUUUCAGUGUGGAUAUAGUGUAACAAGCCCCGUAGAGGGUCAGACUGGUCAAGGAUCUAAUGGAUAUAAUUACCCAGUGCCAUUUAGCCAGCAGCAACAGACUGUAGUUGCGCCUAAUCAGUCUCCAAUGUACUAUACAGUACAAAAUCAACAAUCAACUCAAGCGCCUGUUCAGCAGGGCUAUGUUUAUAGUGGACAGCAAGGGACGACAUAUCAAACAAACACUCCUCCUAGUCAAAACUCCACUGUGACUCCAAAUGUGCAAUUGAACACUGUAGGUGCACAGCCUGUGAAUUUGAACAAUAUGAAUAUGGCGAGUGCUGUGAAUAUAGCCUCGCAGCAGACCCAAGGGAUUGUUCAGGGGUCGGCUGUUGUAGGUGGCGGAGUUCAGGCACAGAACACACAGUAUAUGUCAUCGUUUCAAACAUCUCACCCGAACAUGCAUCAUUCUCAACACUAUCACCACCCGCAGUCAUUCACUUCCCCGAUACGCCCGGUCGCACCUCAAGUGCUGCCCAUACAAGGGGUGCCUGUAGGUAAUACAGCGCCCGCUCAGACGUUCCAGAGUGUGUACAGACCCAAUAUGCAAAUGCCUAUGCAGAUACACCACCAGCAACCGCAUGUACAACAACAACAGACAACAAUGGUGGGGUCAGCAGUGAGCAAACCAGUACAAACUCCUACGCAACAUGUAACAGUUAGUGCUAAAGGCUUGUCAUUUGAAUCAAGCCCCGGGGUGGGGAAGGUGGAGAAUGGGGGUGGUGAAAGUUGUGAAAGUCUCCCAGUGGAAGUACAGAUGGCUAAUACUGUCUACAGGCCUCAUGCACCAAGUCAAGGAGAGAUUCGGCUACAGUAUCAGCCCCAUAGACCUCAGGUACAAACUGUGCAAUUCCCUCACCAGCAACAACCACAGGCAAAUAGAAGUAGUCCCACGGCACCAAAACCUCAGCGAACUAAAAAACUCCGCAGUAGAGAUAGUCAACAAUCCCAGCAGUCAGAUACAGGCAGUGGCAAUGGGAUGGUUAUCAGCAACGUUUUGGAGGUAUGUGACCUGCCGAACCUUUUAGCGCGGGCAGAUUACGAGAAGAUACUACACGAUCUUAUAGUGGCUGGUGCCGACAUCCAGUUCUCUACUGCCGACUCGGUGUUACACCUUAGUGACAUUCAUUGUAACAAUCAGACCAUAUCAUCACCGAAUACACGCGUGUAUGCUGUGUUUGCAGAUAGUUAUUACGCGUCGCAAGCCCUAGAUACACAUUCUAAUAGUAAUAGUAAUUACAAAUUAAGACCCAUAGACAAUAUAUCAGAUUCUCAUGUCUAAAACUUAAAACACAAGAAAAACUGGAGCUGUGUUGAAAAAUGAGAAAAAGACGUGUUGACUUGUUUAACAAAUUGUGUUGUUAUUUUUAUAAAAAAAAUCAUAGUUUUAUUGCCUUUUUUUAUUUGUCUGAGAUAAUAAGGUUAUGUUUCCUGAAGUGUUGGAUUAAUAAUUAUGAUUCCUAUUCUACUGCCAAACUCAACUCGGAUUGGUGUCUGUAACAGGAAGAGACACUGUCCAACAGCUUAAAACAAUAUUGAUUGCUCAUUUACUUUUAUGUUUCCGUUGUUUUUUUGUUUUUUUUCCCGAUAUAUACAUUUAGGUUACAUCGUUAUAUAUGUGAAAUUCUUUACUAAAGUGAUAACAGGGUUGUCUAGCAGUAUGGUACAUGUACAGGGCAUUCAAAAUGUUUCGUAAAAUCUCUUGUUAUGUUAUUAUUUUAUAAUUGUCAUGCCAAAAAUAUCUUAAUAUUAGAAGAAAUUUUUGGUUUAUGCAAUCCUUAUUCUUUACCUUGACACUUACUUUACAGUCUUUUAGUUUGCUAUUCUAAAAAACGUUUAAUUUUUUUUUCUUCUCUCUACUGGUAGAAAUAGAACAGAUUGUUAGUAACAACAACAAAAAUGAUUGUCUCACAUGGACUCUACUGCACAGUUACUACUGCAGCUCUUCUUUUAUGUGCUGACAUUCAACAUGUUUUGUACAAUUUUGUCAUGUUAACUAAAAAACAACAUAAUUACGACUUACUACAUGAUGCAAAGAUGGUCGUCUUCUCUCGUGAGAGCUUCCUGUUAAAAUAUUUUGCCUUUGUUUUUUAAAUGUUUAACCCUUGUAAAAGUUGUCACAAAACUUGUGUUGUGAAAUAAAUAUCUCAUUUUUUCACAUUUUAUUUCUGUCAUUUUUCACAUUAUAAAUUAAAUGAUGGGUGAAUGAGUGAAUGUUUCCAAAUUGAACUCAAUAAAUGUACAUUGAAUUGUUGCAUUUGAUGGUACCCAAACUAUUUUUAAUUUGAAACCAAAAAAUAAACAUUUUUAGGCAAAUUAUUUAGUUUCUGUAAAAUAAUGUAUAAUAUCGGAAUAUGUCUUUGCCUUUAAUUAGAUUAAACUCUUUUACAGUAUUUUAUUAAGCUUUACUUUUAAAUGUUAAUACAGUGAAAAGUGGUCCCAGUGAAUAAUCCAAAUAUAAAGUAAUUCAUGA